AUCUCUUAGAGAUAUAGAAAGUUCUAUGUUUUAUUUCAUCCACACAUUUGCACUCUUUCACAUGCUUAGUAGACGCACCAUUUUUUGAACAAGCAGGUAAAAAAAAUGUAUGCUGCUCUGCUCUAAGCAGAAAAGCAUUGGUUAGAUGUCCAGCGAGGAAAGCCUUUGAAGGGCUGUGCAGUCAAAAUGAUUCCCCACCACAUUGACCUUAACCAUUCCAAAGAUUUCACCACCAUAAGUAGUCCUCUAAAGACGUAAACCUAUCAUAGUGUUAGUUUGUUAAUAUUAUCUCAACAAUAUAGUUGGUUCUUAAACUGUUUUAAAUGAUUAAAAGAAAAUUGCAUUCAGGGAGUAUUACGGGUCAGGGAAAUUCCUAAUGACUUAAGUGCCACUGUUGAACAUAAAGAGUGCCCAAAUUGUAUAAAAGUCCUACAGAAGACAAAAAAAGACAGUGCAUUAGUUUACAUUUUAUGGUGUUUACAGUUGUCCUUUGCUUCUGAGCAAAAUCAUCUUAAUAAGUGCCAAAACAAGGAGAAUAUAUUAUGUACUAAGUUGUUCUGAAUGAACUUACAUAAAUACAUUUCUUAAUUCAAAAGCCUUUUAACUAACUCUACCUGACCAGUGCUUGUUUAAUAAGGGAAGCCAUUUUAUUCAUAAGAGACGUAAAGACACUUUGGGAUAUUUUAAAGCAUUUUUGAAGAUAAGGUGAGAAGUGAGUGUCUCUCAGCUUACUUUGCCUCAAGGGAGAACCAUUAGGCCAGUUACUCAGGCUUCCUUUGUUCUGCUGAGGAUCUGAGUUUCCCUGGAGUCUGAGACCACAUUAUUAUCACUGCCCACCCUAUUUUCUCCCGAAACACACACAGUGCCCUUUUUUACAGACGUUUAAACAAAUCUUUUAUGUCGGAAGCCCAUGACUUACAUUUCUACAUGCGCUGUUAGGGACUGUGGUUUUAAAGGAGGAUUCUGCACUGAACAGAGGGUUGAGUCAGCAAGAGAAAAUAGUCGUGUUAGUCACAUAAAAAUGACGGCCACCUUAGGAGCCCGAACGUGUGUCAUCCUACUCUUCCUGUUAAUCGCCGCGCCACUUUACACGUCCUCAGCCAGUGUGUCUGCUCCCUCCAAAACCAGAAAUUUUCCGAUCAGACCCACCAGCACCCCAACAGUCAGCCCUAGGCCCAGUAGCUGGGGGUUCCUAGUACUGCAGUCCAGAGGUGGAGGAAAUGGGAGAGGAAAUGGGCGAGGGAAAGGGUCAACGGGAUGGCCAGAGACACCACCCAGACCCCAGGCUCAAGUCAUGCUUUCUAAAAAUGCCACAGCUGAUGCCCUGGGACCUCCACUCGGAGCAGCACAGGUGGCCCCACCUCCACGAAGACUGGUGGAAGUGGAUGUGUGCCGGGGUUACUAUGAUGUCAUGGGCCAGUAUGACCUUACCUUCAACUGCUCCAAGGAUGACUUUAUCUACUGCUGCGGCACAUGCCACUACCGCUUCUGCUGUCCAGAUCGUUCCCGCCGGCUCGACCAGAACAUUUGCCAUAACUACAUCUCACCAGUAUGGGCCAACACAGCCCCACCAGGAACGAAACCACCCCAUCACCUUACUGACCCUGACCUCAGGCACAUUGAACAGAGCAACAAUACCAUAUAUGUCAUCGGUGGAGUAAUCUCAUUCACUGUUGCUGUGGCUGUGGCCAUCAAGGUGGCAUUUAACAAGGCCUCUCGGCAGGCACGCAACAGGGAGCUCAAUAUGCCCAGAGCUCUGGUGGACAUGCUGCGGCAUCAGUCUAGCCCAGUCCAACAGGGAGAAAGAAACAAUAGUGUUGCCCUGGGCAGUGGAGGUGGAGAGGGAACUCUUGGACGUCCUCCUAAAAACCUGUACCCCACCUUGCAGAGCAAAGACAACCGAUUGGGAAAUCUGCAGCACAACUUUAUCCAUACCUCAGGUUCUAGCCCCAAGCACACUGCCACCAUUGAGCGUGCACCACGUAUGAACAAUGUGCAGAUGACCGCCGGUGGAACACUGAAGCCAAAUAAGCAUACUAAUGCCAUGAAGCCUCAGCCCUCGUUUCACCACUCACUUCAUAACCUGGCACAGCUCCCACCCUCGUAUGAAGCUGCCAUGAAGCCUGAGCUCAACAGAUACUCUUCCCUUAAACGGCUCGAAAAAGGAGGUCUGGAGGAAUAUUCAGGUUACUGCACCACUAAACGGAGACCCAACAAUGUCCCUCCGUCCUUCCACUCAUCGCAGCACCACUUGCCUUGGGGUGGUGACUAUACACUGGGUGGACGAGGCACACUACCCACACAUGCUGCUCGUCCCCGCAUACCUCACCCUCAAUCUGCUCCCAGCCAUACUCCUAACCCCUAUCCUUUGGAGCCUAAAGAAACCAAGCCCAACCAGAACUACGACACCCUCUCCAAACCUCCUCGCCGUGUCAAAUCAACAGAUCAGCUCCUUGCCCUUGCGGAUGGCAGCACCUUAUCACGGGUCCCCAAGAACCAGCAGCACCAGUACUACAAAGCCAUGAAUGCUACAACAGGCAAAAACUCCAAUAACCAGAAUACCCUGCGCAAGUCUAAGGAAAGGCUGCUGAUGUCCCCUGAUCAUCUAGAGGAGGAAGUGGGCAUGGGUGGAGUCGAUUAUGGAGGUGGCGGGGGUGGUAUGGGCAUGGGAAUGGGCGACUACACAGUUGGAGGGGGCAUGGUGCCCACUCUACCCCGCAUGAGCCACCAGAAGGCUCAAUCACAGCAGAAUGUCUGUGCCACUCCCUCUCUUGAUCGCCAUCACAUGAUCAAGAUGAACUCACACCCAACCUCGGGCCGCGAGCAAGAGCGCAACACAGGAGCCAUGCCGAGUCACAUGGGAGGCAGCGGAAGUGGAGGUGUGGGAUGGAGCGAAAUGCAAGGAACAGGGGUUGUCAUGGGCACAGGAACACUAGCAGGUCAUAGCGCCAGGAGGCUAGCUUUUGCUGCAAAAAGGCAAAAUACCAUUGAGCAACUACAUUUCAUUCCUGGUGGAGGAGGAAGCAGUGGAAGCGGGGUGGCUGCAAACCAGGGUGUUCGGACGGGGAGCAAAAAUGAAGUGACUGUGUGAAGGGGAUGGAGGGGAUUGAGAGAGAGUUAAGGGAAAUUGAAAGAUAUGGGGGGUGAGUUUGAGGGUGCUAUGAGUGGGAUGGUAAUGGAGGGAUUAAAGAAGAAAGAGUAAGUGAGUGGGCAGACAAGGGAGUGAAAAGUGUAAAGGAGAGUGUAAAAGUAGUGGGAGGAUGGUAUAGGUAAGAGAAUGGCUGAAGAAAAGAAUAUAGAGAUGGAGAGCGGAUGAAGGAUAAAAAGUAGAGAGAGAAUGAGGACAUGAAAGAAAGUAUAACAGAUGAAGAAGUAGAGGGAACCACAAGGGAAACAGAAGCUGUAAAUACAGAGAGAACACAAUGUCUUGUAGACAAGUGUAAAACUUUUUGUUGUUUUAUUCUCUUUGUAAAAUUUCAGCCAUAAUUACAGUAUAGUAAUUUUCUUAUAAGUUCGAUAAUAGCCACCUUAGAAAACAUUGUCAGAAACGAAUAUUGUACAUGAAGAGCCUGGGUAACCAGGUGAAGAAAGAUAAAUUCAUGUCACUGUGUCAUGCUUUUUUAUUUUACUGGAUAUUACAUGACAUUUAAUGCCACUAUAGAGCCAUAUGUUCAAGUAAUGUCCAAUGGAACAUUCAUCUUAUCAAAAAAGAAACAGAAAGGAAGGAACAAAACUUAAGGAAACAUUGCACGCCAACAAUUUGCUCACAUCUGAAGAUUACUUUAAAACAGAAAUAAGUUACUCCAGCUGUUCGGUUGUGCUGCUACAGAUUGUAAACUGAAAUGAGUAUUAAAACAAACACAUCGGGAUACUGAUAACCUGUCAAUGUACAAAAGGAGCUCAACAAAAAUGCUGGAAAUCAGAGCUACUGUCACAAAACAAGAGAAUACAUGGUGAUGACAUGGCUUGUCACAGAAACAAGUUGAUCCAAAAAUGAUUGCUAUGAUUAAAAAACAAAAAAUGACACAGAGUAAGGGAAACUAAACUGCAUCAGCUUUAGGAAAGCCCCAUGAUUAUUAUUGCCUUUUUUCAUAUACACCUUACACUGCAUCACAAGUUCUGAAAGACUUGCUUGUGGAUUUUCUAGAUAAAGACUGCUUUAUUGGAGCACGUUUUUCAUAAUGUUCACAGAAAUCAACAUAUGUGUGGAAUAAGAUAAACCAAUAAUCAUCAUUUUGUCCUUUCAACCUAAAAAUUUCAAUGUAGGUGGUGGGUAAUUUAUCUUCAAAAGCCAUUCUGAUUGGGCAACACAGCUCAGACCAGAGGGAGAAAAAAAGAGAAAUGUAUCUGACAAUCAUCGACUUUCACCAACUGAACUAAGCUCAUUACUGAUCAAUGGCACUUUGUUUGGAUUCUAAGCCAACGGUUUUCUUCGAUGUCCAAGUGCAGGGACUUGACAAUGACUUUUCUGCCUUGGCUGAAGGACAGUGGCAACGAAUUUGCAAGAAAACUAGUUCUGUAAGGAUGGGGACACAUUUGUGUCAUUAUAAGCUCUAUGUAUGCUGUAUGUAUUGUUGAAAGGUUUUUAUUUAUAUGGAUGCCUCAAACUGUUCAAUGUGGCUUAUAUGAGGAAAACAGGAGAAGAGUCCAGAUGUUCACAGUUUUAUAUAUAUAUAGAGAGAGAAGUUUGUUAAGGAUUAUUUAUGUUCAUUAGGCAGCACAGCACAGUAAAUGUUGGCAAGGUUUAGCCAACAUGAGAAUUUAGCUCAGGUGUGCACAGACACUUCAAUGAGCUUACUAACAAACCUGCUGGGUUGCUGUUGAAAUCUCCCUAAAGCCAUGUGUCUGCGCUGUUAAAGUGACGACUGAACACGGGGAGAGUCCAAGUCAUCUCACACCGCUGAUCAGCUUUCAUCCAGAAAUGGACAGAGCGUCACACCCAAUAUCAUAAUCAAUAAUGCUUAUCAAUAUUAAGGGCUAUACUACAUGUGUGUCAGUGGUAGACUGCCUAGGCACAGUUUAUUAAUUGUUAUUUAAAAAGUGGUGAGAAUACUGACGACAGUAAAUAUUAAUGUAUAUAGACUGAGAUAAAAAAAUCCUGUGAAGCAAAAGAAAGCAGUGAGGUAAAGAUGACCUCAGUCUAGCCUACAGGACAGGCUAUGGUGUAAAACCAUUUUAGUUCUCAUUCAUUUCUAAAAGUCCACAGCAAGUAUUGGUAAACAUUUUAGUAUUAGGUAGCUAGUUAUUUUAAAUGUAUUUCUCCCAGUACAAGUAGUUCAGAGUAAAUUGCCUAGUAAUUUUUGAGGCAGAAAAGUGAAAGAAGUUCUUCAUGUGGUGGCAGUAGACUACAUUCACUUAUUUCUGACAGAAAUUAAAAUGGAUCUUGAUGCGUUACAAACAAAACUUAGAGACAAUCUUCCUACAGACUCUCUUAUACAUACGUGUUUGUUAUUGUCAUUAAUAUGACAGUUAAUAUUAUGGUUAUUGGUGAUAUUUAUUCUUGCUGUUUAUUCUCUAUUAUCUUAACAUUAUGAUGGUGAUAUUUUCUUCUGUGGUUUUAGUGUUAACUUGUUUUUAGGUAUCUAUAUUUCUCAUUAAAUUAUUUUGCAUUCUAAGUACAAAAUACAAGCACAAAAACAGGCACUCAUUCUUUACAGAUUCUCAGUGCAUCCUGAUGAGUGCAUUGAAACAUUCCUUGGCGUGAUGUCAUAGUGUGACCAUCAUACAGAAGCUUGCCAGUGUCAUUGUGGCAAUGACAUCCCACUGGGUUGAUAUGAUGUCAUAGUGUGUAUGUAAAUGAAAAAUAGAUUGAUUUGAAUUCAGUUUCAGCUGUUUGAAUGUUUAUUUCAGGGAAUAUUAGAAUAGCUAAAUUGAUUUAGCAUCUCUUUUUUUUUUUGUCUUUAAAAAGGUCUGUAGCAACGUCUGUUCGGUUUUGUACCCACAAGCCAUAACUGUAAGUUUUUAUGAGAUGUUUAAACUUAAAACUGCAAAGAUAACCAUCAGUUGUGCUGACGUAGGCCUUCGGCAAUAUUAUCAAAGUAAUUUAAAAAAUAGGCUACAAAUAUAAUGCCGACACACGUUAGAAAAAAGGGGGGAAAAAAGAAGAAUCUCCAGGUAGAUUUUUUUUUGUCUUCGGGAUCCUUAUAGGUAAUAUUUUAUAUGGUGUUUAAGUAAUGUUGUUGGUCUUUCGGCUGCUCUCAUCGAGGGGUCACCACAGCAGACCAUCCAAUCUGCACAACAACUUGGCACAGGUUUUAUGCUAGAUGCCCUUUCUGACGAACCCCUCCCAUUUUAUUUGGGUUGGUUUUUAAGUAAUUAAGCUUUGUUUACAAGUUGUGAACAUUUACGUACCCUAGAGCACAUGGUUUAUUCAGAUGUGCACUAAACAACUAAACAUAUACAUAUAUAUAUAUAUAUAUAUAUAUAUAUAUAUAUUUCCCUGAAUUGAAUAAUUGGGAGGAAAAGAAAAUGUUCUCCUAAACUGAAUAGCUUUAAAUGUACCUUUGUAACGAAAUGUAACAAAAAGCAACAGAAUAGAGGUUUGGUCAAAAGUGAAAUAUUUUACCCAGAUCACACUAUUGUUUUACUCAGCACUUUGUUUUCUAUAUCCCUCUUCGAUAAGGCAAAUAUGAUUGUUUACCUUUGUAAAAUAAAGUCAACUGAUGAAAACUGUC